AAUGGCGGACGGAGGAGCAGCGAGUCAAGAUGAGAGUUCGGCGGCGGCGGUGGCGGCAGCGGCAGACUCAAGAAUGAACAAUCCGUCAGAAACCAGUAAACCAUCAAUGGAGAGUGGGGAUGGGAACACAGGCACGCAAACAAAUGGCCUGGACUUUCAAAAGCAGCCUGUGCCUGUCGGAGGAACAAUCUCUACAGCCCAGGCCCAGGCCUUCCUUGGGCACCUUCAUCAGGUCCAGCUUGCUGGAACAAGUUUACAGGCUGCUGCUCAGUCCUUAAAUGUACAGUCUAAGUCUAAUGAAGAAUCUGGGGACUCUCAGCAGCCAAGCCAGCCUUCCCAGCAGCCUUCAGUGCAGGCGGCCAUACCCCAGACCCAGCUCAUGCUGGCCGGAGGACAGAUCACCGGGCUCACGUUGACGCCAGCCCAGCAACAGUUAUUACUACAGCAGGCGCAGGCACAGUUGCUGGCGGCUGCAGUGCAGCAUUCAGCCAGUCAGCAGCACAGCGCUGCAGGUGCCACCAUCUCGGCCUCUGCUGCAACGCCGAUGACGCAGAUCCCUCUAUCUCAGCCAAUACAGAUUGCACAGGAUUUGCAGCACUUGCAGCAGCUUCAGCAGCAGAAUCUCAACCUGCAACAGUUUGUGUUGGUGCAUCCAACAACCAACUUGCAGCCAGCACAGUUCAUCAUCUCACAAACGCCGCAGGGGCAGCAGGGUCUCCUGCAAGCGCAGAAUCUCUUAACGCAACUACCUCAGCAAAGCCAAGCCAACCUCCUGCAGUCUCAGCCAAGCAUCACCCUUGCCUCGCAGCCAGCAACCCCAACACGCACAAUAGCAGCGACCCCCAUUCAGCCACUUCCACAGAGCCAGUCAACACCAAAGCGAAUUGACACUCCCAGCUUGGAGGAGCCCAGUGACCUUGAGGAGCUUGAGCAGUUUGCCAAGACUUUCAAGCAAAGACGGAUCAAACUUGGAUUCACUCAGGGUGAUGUUGGGCUCGCUAUGGGCAAACUCUAUGGAAAUGACUUCAGCCAAACUACCAUCUCUCGCUUUGAAGCCUUGAACCUCAGCUUUAAGAACAUGUGCAAGUUAAAGCCACUUCUGGAAAAGUGGCUCAAUGAUGCAGAAAACCUCUCAUCUGAUUCAACUCUCUCCAGCCCAAGUGCCCUGAAUUCUCCAGGGCUGGGGGUUGAAGGCUUGAACCGUAGGAGGAAGAAACGCACCAGCAUAGAGACCAACAUACGUGUGGCCUUAGAGAAGAGUUUCCUGGAGAACCAAAAGCCUACCUCGGAGGAGAUCACCCUGAUAGCUGACCAGCUAAACAUGGAGAAGGAGGUGAUCCGCGUUUGGUUCUGUAACCGGCGCCAGAAGGAGAAAAGGAUCAACCCACCCAGCAGUGGUGGAACCAGCAGCUCGCCCAUCAAAGCAAUUUUUCCUUGCCCAACCUCACUGGUGGCAACCACACCAAGCCUUGUGACUAGCAGUGCAGCUACUACCCUGACUGUCAACCCUGUGCUCCCUUUGACCAGUGCUGCUGUAACUAGUCUGUCAGUCACAGGCACAACAGAAACCACCUCCAACAACACAGCAACAGUGAUUUCAACAGCACCUCCAGCUUCUUCAGCAGUGACAUCACCUUCCCUGAGUCCUUCCCCUUCUGCCUCAGCCUCCACUUCAGAGGCAUCCAGUGCCAGUGAGACCAGCACAACAACACAGACAACCUCCACUCCCUUGUCCUCCCCUCUUGGGACCAGCCAGGUGAUGGUAACGGCAUCAGGGUUGCAAACAGCGGCAGCAGCCGCAUUACAAGGAGCUGCACAGUUGCCUGCAAAUGCAAGUCUUGCUGCCAUGGCUGCUGCAGCAGGACUGAACCCAGGCUUGAUGGCAUCCUCGCAGUUUGCAGCUGGAGGUGCCUUACUUAGUCUCAAUCCAGGGACAUUAGGUGGUGCUCUCAGCCCGGCCCUGAUGAGCAACAGUACGCUGGCAACUAUUCAAGCUCUUGCAUCUGGUGGCUCUCUUCCAAUAACAUCACUGGAUGCAACUGGGAACUUGGUGUUUGCCAAUGCUGGAGGUACUCCUAACAUCGUAACUGCCCCUCUGUUCCUGAACCCUCAGAACCUUUCUCUGCUCACCAGCAACCCGGUUAGCUUGGUCUCUGCAGCUGCAGCCUCCGCAGGGGCCUCUGGACCAGUCGCCAGCCUUCACGCCACCUCCACCUCAGCCAAGUCCAUCCAGAACUCUCUCCUCACGGUGGCCUCUGCGAGCGAGGCCACGUCCACCACCACUACUGCCUCCAAGGCACAGUGAGCCGGGCUGAGCUGUGCUGCCAGCAGCCUGUUUCACUAUGAGGUGGGAUUGGCUGCCAGCGGGGUUUAUAAACUGAAAAAUGUGAUUGGCAUCCUCUCGCCGUGUUGCUGGGGACAAGGGAGAGAAGGAAAAAUAUUAAAAAAAAAAAACAAAAAAAAAAAAAACAAAAGCAAAACAGGAAGGAUUUAAAGCUGGGACAGACAUUUGCCUAAUUUUAUAAUAAACACUGUCUUUUCAGGAUCGCUUCAUGGAUCGGAGAACUUUCUAACCAAAAAUGUAAAAAAAACAAAAAAACAAAAAAACACAAAAAAAGUGAAAGG